UGGAGGUUCUGCUGAGUCACAAGGUCAGACCCCACAGUGAAGGCUGCAGGACCUUCCUCUGUUUGAGUCUACAGACCCACUGGACUUCACCAUCCUGAAAGAGCGGAGUUGUUGGCAGGAGAGCCCAGGGCUGAGGUCCAGUGGGAGUAUGGCAGCUCAUACAGAAGCCCCCCAACCAAGGGAACAUGGCAACACCUGUGAGAAUCUGGAAUAUGUCACUCCAUUCUCUUCUGGCCUGUAAAGUUUCCUCUGAGAAGUCAGCAGUGUCUUUUGAGGAUGUUACUGUGGACUUCAGCAAGGAGGAGUGGCAGCAGCUGGACUUUACUCAAAGGAGCCUGUACCAGGAUGUGAUGCUGGAGAACUACAGCCACCUGAUCUCAGUGGGGUACCAAGUUCCCAAGCCAGAGGUCAUCUUCAAGUUGGAACAAGGAGAGGAGCCAUGGAUGCUGGAGAGGGAAAUGCCACAUCAGAGCUGUCCAGAUGGGAUUAAAGCCUCAUCAAGAAGAAUUUCUGGAAAAGCUACAUUUCAUUGUGAAGUAGAGGGCCCAGCUACAACAGAUGAUUCCUUGUAUUCCAUUUUGGAAGAACUGUGGCAAGAUGCUGAACAGAUUAAGAGAUGUCAGGAAAAGCAAACCAGACAUCUAGGUCAUGGUGUUCUCAACAAUAAGAAAAGGAGGCAUACGGAGUGGGAUUGCGGCUAUAAAAACAUUGGAAAGUGUAUCCCUCCAAACUCGGAUCUUUUUUCUUUACAGAAAAGACCACAUAAACAUGAUUCAUUUGGGAAGCGUUUGAAACAUAAUUUAGACUCACACCUUCACCAUAAAAGCAAUACAGCCAAGAACUUGGAUAAAGUUAUUGGACAUGGUCAUGUUUUCAGCCAGAGUACUUCUUACACUAACCACGAAAACACCCCCACGGGGGGGAAGUUGUGCGAAAGCAACCAGUGUGGGAAAGUGCUCAACCUCAGGCACGCACUCAGCCCAAACCUCAAAUUUCCUGUUGGAGAGAAAGCCAGUGCACGCAGUGAACUUGGAAAGAUCAUCGCCCCCAAGUCUCGCAUCUUUGCUCCACAGAAAAUUCACACCGUGGAAAAAGCUCAUGAACUCAGCAAAUGUGUGAAUGUCUUUCCCCAGAAGCCACUACUCAGCAUAUACGUGAGAGUUCAUAAAGACGAGAAGCUGUAUAUCUGCCCCACAUGUGGGAAGGCCUUUCUCCAGAGCGCAGAGUUAAUGGUGCAUGAGAAAAUCCAUACAAGGGAGAAACCCUACAAAUGCAGUGACUGUGGAAAGUCCUUUUUCCAGGCGUCCUCUCUACUCAGGCAUCAGACAACUCAUACUGGUGAAAAACUGUAUGAGUGCAGUGAAUGUGGGAAGGGCUUCUCCCUGAACUCAGCCCUCACCAUACAUCAGAAAAUCCACACCGGAGAGAGACACCACAAAUGCAACGAGUGCGGAAAAGCCUUUACCCAGAAAUCGACGCUCAGAAUGCAUCAGAGGAUUCACACGGGUGAGAGGUCCUAUAUCUGUACGGCGUGUGGGCAGGCCUUCAUCCAGAAGGCCCACCUGAUUGCCCAUCAGCGAAUCCAUACUGGAGAGAAGCCUUAUGAAUGCAGUGACUGUGGAAAGUCUUUCCCUUCUAAGUCCCAAUUGCAGAUGCAUAAACGAAUUCAUACAGGCGAGAAGCCAUAUAUCUGCCCUGAGUGUGGGAAGGCCUUCACCAACAGAUCCAAUCUGAACACUCACCAGAAGUCCCACACUGGAGAGAAGUCGUAUAUAUGUGCUGAAUGUGGGAAGGCGUUUACCGACAGGUCCAAUUUCAACAAACAUCAGACCAUCCACACCGGAGAGAAACCUUACGUUUGCACUGACUGUGGGAGAGCCUUUAUCCACAAGUCCGAGUUAAUCACGCACCAGAGAAUGCACACUACAGAGAAACCUUACAAGUGUCCUGACUGUGAGAAAUCCUUCUCCAAGAAGCCACACCUCAAGGUCCAUCAACGGAUUCACACAGGAGAGAAGCCCUAUAUCUGUCCAGAAUGCGGGAAGGCCUUCACAGACAGAUCGAAUUUCAACAAGCAUCAGACCAUCCAUACUGGGGAUAAACCCUAUAAAUGCAGUGAGUGUGGAAAGGGCUUCACCCAGAAAUCAGUUCUCAGUAUGCAUCGCAACGUUCAUACCUGAAAGCAAUCCUGAUACUUGAGAAUGAGAGCACCUUAUGACGUGUAUGAAUCAAGCAACUGAGAAACUGUACCCAAGAAGCCUCUGCCACUCCAGAGCCUCAUAUAGAAGAGUGGAAAUCCUGGAUUUGAGCCUGAUGCCGUAAAUUUGGAUGAAACGUUAGGAGGUCCUGGGACAGGAGUGAACAUAUUUUGCAUGAAGCAGUAAUGUAAAUGAUCUGUGACCAUUAGACACCUUGUGUUAGAAAAUGUUAUAGAUUGCUCCCUCCCCAUUUGUAUUCCCCCUUUGAAUCUUCCGAAUCUUCAUGUUUCAGUUAGGACAGUUUCUAUUGAUCUGUUUUCAAAAUUACUAAUCCCCGUCCCCAACCGUGGUUCUGUCAUACCUGCUCAUGAGUCUGCUGAAGGCAUCUUUCAUCUCAGUCAUGUUUUCUUUUGUGUUUCCCUUUGACUCUUACCGUUUUAGCAUUUCUGCUGAAAUUUUCCAUCUGUUUGUUCAUAUUUUACACUAUUCUUUUGUCUUACCUUGAGCUACUCUAAGUACCAUAGACUGGAUGACUCACGAAUAGCAGAAAUGUAUUUCUCACAGACUGGACAUCUAUGAGGGCCCUCUUCUAGGAUGCGCAUUGUCAACUUCUCAUUGUAUUCUCACAUGGUAGAAAGUUGUCUGAAGUUCCCUUUUUAAACAUGCCAAUCCCAUUUAUGAGGGCUGCAUGAUAACCUAACUACCAGAGGCUCCACUUACCCUAUCACUUCAAAGAAACAAAUUCUUUGAGUACACAUUUAGUCUGUAAAACACUUUAACAUAUUAAUGGCAGUUAGUUUUUGAUUCUCUGAUGGUUCCAGUAACUGCAUCAGCUAAGCUUGGAUUUGUUGAUUGCUUUGUAUCAUAGCAGUAGGUUAUAUCCUCUUCCUAUUUUGCAUCACGUAAAUUGUGCUUGAAUGUUGGACAUUGUGUAUAAGGUAGGAGAAGCUAAUCUUCUGCUGGAAUUGAAUCUGUCUAGUCAGGACUUGGGUUGGGUUUGAGUUUGUUGUUGCUAUUGUUACCUAAGUUCCUCUUGUGUUACUUUAUACUUGGUGCUGACACUGGUUUCCCAGAGAAUUUUUCACAGUGUUCCUGGACUACUAUUGCCUUUGGGCCUUUUCUGUGGGCCUGCAUCUCAGGGUGAGUCUGUGUGCUUGCCUUCCUUUAGUAGUACAUGAUUGGUUAUGUGGUUCCUGUUGCCCUGGUGAAGCAGGGCUCAUCCCGGGCUAGCUUUUUUCAGUCAGGCCCUGUAUCCAUGAGUCAUAUGGGUUUUUCAGUGUUCCUGCUUCUUUUCCCUUUGCAGAAAGCUUCUCUGUUUUUUAAAAAAAAAUGGGAUUUAUUUAUUUGUCUUAAAGUCAGAGUUACAGAAAGAACGCAGUGUUCCAUCUAGUACUUUGCUCCCCAAGUGGUUGCAAGAGUCAGGACUGGGCCAGACAGAAACCAGGACCCAGGAGAUUCUUCCAGGCACCCCUCAUGAGUCAGGCUCAUCUGCUUUCCUUAGUGGGGAGCAGGACCAAGAGUGGAGCAGCUGAGACUUGAACUGGUGCUGAUAUGGGAUGCCAGUACCACAGGCAGUGGCUUUACUUGUUACACCAUAGCGCUGGCCCUCAGUAAAAAGUUUAAAUACUCUGGGCCCAGGAUGGUUUCCUGCCCUUAGAUCAUGAGUAGAUCUUUUUCCCUCUACAUUUCCCUCCCCUAGUCACAGUGGAUCUUCACUUAUGUCCUGAGGACAGCAAAGUUAGCUCCAUUUCAGCUAGUGACUUAAGGCUUUUGUUCUUUAGAAGAGUAUGGUCACACGGAACCUCUGUGGCCUGUCUGAAUUAGCGUUACCCACUUACAAGCCUACACCAUGGAGGGAGUCUUGUUCUAGUUCCCACCUUACCCCCAGUGCUUCUUGUGAGCUCCUAGAGGAAAUCUGUAGAGAAGAGCCUGCAAGUAGGAGCCAGCCACCUGUAGCUUUAUUGCUGUCAGAGGUUCUAUGUUCUUUGACCAUCCUAUACUUGGCCCUCAGCAAUUCGUUGGAAAGUUUUUGCUGAAUUCUUACUGCUAGUGUAGUGGCCCCAUCUCCCUUGCUGCUCUUGCCACAGGUAACCAGUGAUCGCUUCUUAUCUCCUGUCUUCUUACGCUCAAGAUUACUCAUCCCCCUUUUUUUGAUAGGAUGAAAGCAACGCUUUUCCCACAUUGUCUACAUGCUAGACAAAAGCCAAAAGUCUGGAUGUUCCUCUGGCCACACCAUAAAGAACACAUUUGCCUUUCCCAUGUGAGUGCCAGUUCACCCAUUAAGAGAGUGAAGUCAGUCUCUCCAGAUCUUGACACUGGGCUUGCACAUUUUGUUGGCCUAAAGAACAUCAGCAUGCACAACAAAAGCAGAAGCUUGGUAAGUACUUGCACAUUAAGGGUUCCCCCCUCUCACAGCUCUUAGGAAUGCCGAGCCCAUGUGUGAAAAAGCAUAGUGUGUAAGGUGAAAGUUCACACAGACCGGUCAUCCCAGUUGAAGCACCUUCACUGAACUGGCUUUUCAACUGCCAGAGGUGGUAUGUGCAAGUUUGUCUAUGGCAUUCACAGAAGACAGUGUUUCUGAGGAUUGUUUCAAUAGAAGGCUUGUCCAACCUGGAGAUCAGUUCAUAUGAGGAUGGAAAACAGCUGCUUAAUUUUGUGACAAGAAGCUCAUCAUUGACUUUUAAAAAAAAAAAAAAAGAUUUAUUUAUUUAUUACAAAGUCAGAUAUACAGAGAGGAGGAGAA